UGUUCGGUAUUCUUUUUAUAAACUUUUUACUACUUUUAAUAUUUUCAUAUUAUAAUUACAAUGGGUAAACGAAGUCAAAUUUCUCAUAAACAAAAGGCUAAACCUCACAGUUCUCAAAAUGUUAGUCAAAAUUUAACACAAAGAACUUUGGAGGCAAGUUUUGCAAAUUCCCAAAAUGAACCAGCUGAGUCUUUUGAAGAAACUGUGAAUAAAGUAGUUCGGUAUGUUAUUUAUAAUGCAGGAAGUAAUUUGCCUAUUAGAAAAAUUGAUUUACUGAAGCAUGUAUUACCUGGUAUAGGAAAACGUUAUGAAAAUAUUAUGACUGAAGCAACAAACGUUUUGAAUGAAGUUUAUGGCUUUGAUUUACAUGUGUGUGAUCAGUCUGUUUCAAAUAAACAAUACAUUGUUAUAAACAUUCUUCCUUACAUGCGAACCACUAAUGAAGAUAAACACACUCCUAAAGAUGGAAAGCAAAUCAUAAUUUUGCUUGUAUUGACUCAUGUGUUUAUGUCAAACGAUAAUGCACCAGAAGAAACAAUAUUUAGAUUUUUGCAAUCCUUUGAACUAGAUCUGUCAAUUAAACACGAAUUAUUUGGAAAUAUAAAAGACUUUAUUAGAAAUGACAUGGUUAAACAGAGAUAUUUAUCAGUAAGUGUUGAUGAACAUACAAGAAAAAUCAGUUACUCAUGGGGUACUAGGGCUGAAACUGAUGUUUCAAAAGCAAAAAUACUUCAGUUUGUUUGUAAUGCUUUCACAUGUAACUGA